AUGGCCACCCCGUCGUGUUGGGAGAAGGAGCUGAAGCAACAGGAGGGUGAGGUGCCCGCAGGGCCGAACAAUGAGGUCACCCCUGCUCCUGGCGACGCCCGCGGGACCGGCAACCGGGAUCCUGGCACCUGGGUCCCCACGGUCUCCAGCGACCGGUCUCUGUCAGGUGGCGGCGCCCCGCGAGUUGUCACAGCAGGUGCCUCUUCCUGUGCGGUGGCCGCACCCGGCGCCAUUUUGACCGUUGCGGAGGACCCAGGGCCGCCCUCCAUGGACUGCGUGCAGUCGAGGGGUCGUCCUGAGCACCAGGGCAGCCCGAGUCCCCUGGCGGAGCUGAGAUACGUGAAGCCUGUAACGGGACAACGUCUCCAGAUGGCGCCUGCGGCGAGCGCAGACGCCAGGGGGCAAGCCACGAGCGGCGCUGGCCAGGCCGGCGGGCGUCGGACCCAGACCAGGAGCCCAGCGAAAGGCCGUGGGCGGAAGCGGCCCGGCGGCGAAGAGGCUGUCGGGGCUCCGAAGCUUCCACGGCGCUGUCUGUUUCCGGGGGCUCCCGAGCCUGAGGGCUCCGCGCCUUUGCCGCCAUCUUCUCCAACGGCUCAGCCCAGCAGCCGUCGCUGCCGCCCUGCACCUCGGGCUUCUCCGUGCAGUCGCGCAUCCCAGCCAGGCCCAGCCCUCGGAAGCCAGGCCCUGCUCUCCGCACCAGGCUCUGUCCUCCCCAGUGAAGCAGCCAUGCCAGGCCCUGACUCCCCAUGCCGCAGCACCCCGUCAGGCCCUGCUGUCUGCCUUGGCACUGAAUCUUCGGCUGGCCCUGCAUCCCACCGCCGUGACACUGCAUCUCGCGGCCGGGCAUCUGCGCCCGGCCCAGCAUCCCGCCUCCCUGCAACUGAGGCAGGCCCUGUUGUUGUCCGCCGCCGUACACCCACGCCAUUUCCUGCAACCCGCUGCCAUGCAUCUUCGCUAGGUUCUGCUGUCCAUAGCCACGCAUCCCGGUCGGAUACUGCUCUUCGCAACCGUGCAUCUUUGCCAGGUACUGCUUCCAGUAGCCGUGCAACUGGGCCAGGCCCUGCCCUCUGCAGCCGCAGCCCCCCGCUGAGCCCCACCCUCUGCAGCAGGGGUACCACUCCAGGCUUUGUCCGCCUGAGCCGCCCCACCCAGAGAGGAUCAUUGCCUACCAGCCGCCCCUCUCUCCCUGCGCCUGGUGGCCAGAGUCCUCCUUCCCCGGGGUCCGCCUUAGGAAGGCUUGUGUUCCCGAGCAGCUCAGGUUCUCCUGAUCCUGAGGUCCCAAGCCUUCCUUCCCAGCCGGGCCGGCAUGCGGUCCGUAUGCGUGCCUCUUCACCCUCACUUCCUAGUAGGUACUUUCCUUUCCAUGGGGGGUGUGAUGACAGUUCUUCCUCUUCCUCCUUCUCCGCCCCCACUAAUUUUUCUGGCCAGAGCACCUCUUCCCUUAAGUUUCGUGGCCCUGGCUCCGUCUCCACGCCUAGCCCUGCUAGCUCUAAGCGUGCCUCGCUGCUGCUGGAGGUUGAUGCCCUGAGCCUGUCUCUCCAGAGGUGCAGGCUGAAAUAG